GGGUGUAAAAUCUGAUGCUUUGCACGUUUCUCUUGGUUUAAAUAAAGACAGCAUAAAUAAUUGCUUAGUCCAAAGCUAGGGUAUUAACGCUCGGCCUGUUAGACAGUGAGCGUCCCGAUGGUCCAUUAAACUGCAGUCUCAUCUGAUCUUGACCUAUCAAGCCAGGACCGUAGUACUGCAUAUCCCUGCCUAGAAAAGUCCAAAUGAUGCUGAUUACCUCCGUGCUGUUUCGACCCAUGAAUUCAGUGACCGAGUGCACACUGCAUUCGUACAUCUCCACAGCUGCUAGCGUUAACUCCGAGUCGGGUUCUCUCUCGUAACCAGCACGAAUCAGAAGAUCUUCAGUCUGAAAUCUGAAGUCGCUCUGCCACCACACCAUAGCCUCCUCGCGUCGUAUGAUGAUAUCACCCAGCCGAGGCCUGAUGGCCUGGGCGUCCGGAAGCUCUGGUUGUUGCCUACCGACGACCAUCCACCGACGAUUGAAGGUCUUCAAUGGAGGCGGCAGCGGCUUCGACUGAGCUCUCGAAAACAGGAACCAGCUCGGGGGCGGAGUUUCCCACUGAAAUUCGAAACACUCGAAAGGAUUGAGAAAAGACCACAACCAGUAGAUACUGAAUGAGCCGAAGCGUACAAUCAUGUCACCUUCAUCGAAACACCUGUCCAUCAUGUGCUCGAGCUCGUACACGUCUUUCCUUCUCCUUUCGAAGUAUCCAUGGUCGACGAACAGCGUGCAACGACCGCCGGGAUUAGCCAUGGGAUGACUACUUGCCCCUGCAGGGUCGAAGGGAGGUCUCGACCUUCGAGUGAUCAUGAUAUCACCCGGGAUUAUGCGGAGUCCUUCGGCCCGACUUCCUAAUUGCAGUCCACGAUACGGCUCCACCGGUUGCUGAACAACUCGAGGAUCCACAUUCGAGGUUGUGGGUGCAGGUUCAGGUGCCUCUGGCUUCUGCUCUACUGGCGGCGGCGGCGGCGGCGGGUCCUUGGUCUCGUUGCUCACAGGCUUGGGUGCGGAGGACUUCUUCUUCGAUUUCUUAGCCCAAUUUUCAAUCCAUGGCCUAUCCCACAACCUCGAAUGCGAUCCUUCCGAAUCUAGAGUCCUGUUCGAUUGGAGUAGAUUUGAAAUCUGGACCAUUCGGUCAACUUCGGGAUGGCUUGCCAACAGAUUUACUGAUUUACUUGGAGCCAAUCGAUACUUCCCUGACUUCUGAAUAAGGAUGAAUGUUGAGUACAGUUGAGAUAUCGUAAACAUGACGAAUUCAAUCCACUGGCCUGUUGGAAGCUCGAAUAGUAAUGAGAGUCUGUGGACUUCAAGAAUCUCUAGGGAGUUUCCCAUGAGAUGUGUGAAGUCAUGUAGGGCGAGCAACGUGAAGUAAGAAACGAACCAGACUCUGAACUCACUGCGAAGGACGCAAUAAUCGCUAAUGUUUGAAAGAUUACAGUGGCUCAGACCCAAAACUCCGAUCUCGGAUUGGGAAUUGAGGAUGAAAAUCUGUGGUUUGUACCAAUUAAAAUUCUCCCGCCCUGCUCCCAAAUCAUCGUCAGCAUGGGGGAUCGAUUUUCUAGUGCAGGACAGAGAAUUUGCGCAGAACAGAGUGCAAGCUCUGUGCAUCGUGACGAAGUCCGAGAGGUUAGUGUACAAAGCCACCCAAUUGCCCAGACAAAUUUCAGAAUUCGUCAUAUUUUCUAUCCAGAUCAGCUUCCACCUGCUAAGUCCCCAACCAACUGCUGCACACACUCAUCCAACCCUGCCUACACCCAUCAGAUCUACAAACUCAAACCGCCUGUUGGUUCGUCUUUUCUCAGCGCAUCCUGUGGCAGAAGGCCAUGCCACUCAAACUGACACGAAGCUCGAGAAGACGUGCCCCUUCAAACCCAAAAAAAAACUAGAUCGAGGUAUAGACGAUUGACAAGUUUUAGACCAUAUUCUGGUAGAGAAAUACGAAGUUCACCGUAAGAUACAUCCUCGCCGUGCUCUGUUGACCCUACAGGACUACUGUCGAACACCCCGAUUCUAGUCGACAAUAACAGGAGCUCGGAAAGGGUAGAAAUCCCAAUCCCAGUCCAAAGCUCAAGCCCAACCAGGGACGCAGGUUUCUCGACCUCGACAAACGAUAUCAGAUGCUUCUGCGACAUCCGAUCUGUAGAACAGCUUCAACUAGGACAGUCAUACCAGGGCGUUGCUAGCAGCAGAUUUAGAUAUCGAAAUGAUCCACAUUAGAUCAGCUAGAACGGAUCAAAGAGUAUGAAUUCGCUCACAUCGAUGGGAUUUGUAAUCGCGGUCGGAUGAGGACUCAGUGUCAGGGGUACUCAUUCGGGUCAGGUCUUCUUCCCCAGACAGCCUCAAAGAGACCCCAGUGAGGAAUCGGUCGGCGAACGAACGGUUCUAUCCCAUUCAAAUCUAAAAUUGUGUCUAACCCCGUUCUGGGGUCUCGUUGCGGAGGACCGAACAUCUGCACAUCUCGGCCUCGGAAGAUCCAGGCCCAGUGUAUGUACGGAGGCGAGUGGGUUGAGGACGGUACGGGCAGCACUGCCGGGAGGCCAGUCUCCAUCAUAUACAAAUCGGCAGUGAAGAUGCGAUAAGUGUUUCGCGAUUUCAUGAUACUGACGCGAAGGAUCAGAUCCUCGUCGACGAACCCGAAGGUCUUGAAGGUGUCGUGAGUCAGCUGCGCGACUAGAUUUGCAGAAGGACGUAUGACGAUAUCGGUUACCCGAGGGAUGAAGGCCUGAAUGUUAGGAGGAAGGGGCACCGGUCUGUACAUGACCAUGACCUGAGGAAAGAAGAAAUCCGGCGGGGCCAGUUUGAUUUGAUUGGGAAGCCUGUCGUGCAUGUACCAUUUCCCCGGGACGCGCUGAUCAGGGCGUUUGAAAAUGAAGAAGUCGAUCGUCGACUGAGGCCGCCAUAGCCACCCUGGCAUAAAUUUUCCGAAUCGAACGAUCAUGUCGUUGUGGUUAAAAAACCUUUGCAUCUGGAACUCGAUCUCUUCUCUAGCAUUCUGAUCCCUCUCGAAAUAGUUGCGAUCGACGAAAAUGGUUGUAUUGCCCCCGGGAUUGGCUCCAAGAUAAGACUCCAAAAAUGGACGUCUAGGUCUUUGUAGAAUCAUGACAUCGCCGGGCACAGGAAGGAAGGAUUCGAGAUGUGAAUUCCGUUCAUAGUUGUCAUAUUCCCCUGGAAAGCUACCCACUACACGCUGAUUCGCAAUGCGCCAUUCUCCCCCGUCCAAUCUGACGUUUUCAUUAUUACGACUUGGUACAGGGUAGUAUAUGCCGUGCGGGUCGCGACGCCUCUGCUCUACAAGUACCCGCUCGUCCAAUGUAACGUCUGAGUCUUGCGGCUUGUCCGUGAUCUUUGGGACGCUUUCGGGAUCAGGACCGACGAUGCCAAAUUGCUGCUGCGGCGCAGUCCUCUUGUCUCCACCCAAACUUUGAGAAACUUCUACGAUGAGAGGAAGAUUGUAAUCAUCAUGAAGCUUUGCUGCUGAAUGGACCGGAGCCCUUCUUCUGGGCGAGUUCAACGGCAAGCUGUCUGAAUCUGAUUCAUCAUUUAUCUCGUCUUCAGAAACAACCUUCUUCUCCCCAUAGAGACCGUUCCUAACCCAGGCAUCGUCAAUUUGUGGAUCGGUUUUGGCCAGUAAGGCUGAGGAAUGUUGUGGAGUUUGGAGAGUUGCUUUCUCCUUCUGCCAGGACACAUGUUGGGGUACAACAACUUUUGUCCUUGUCAGCCCCGGAUGCGGUCGAUGUCGCCCCAAUGUGUGAAUCUUUAGCAGCGAGUAGCAUUGAAGCGAGCGCGGCCAUGCUCGAGACGCUCACGUUGUUGUUAUCCAGGUAUCGGCUUUGACAUGCCGCGGAACUCAUGAAAAGUUCCAUGGCGUAGCGAUCGAUGAGACUUGCCUCGCGUGCCUACUUCUAAUAAUUCUUCACUAUGAAGAGAAGUGUUUUACGAAUAGUUUCAGCAAUCUGAUCUCCUGGAACUCUGGGGACGCCAUUCGAAAGACAACUUGACGUUUCAGAAUCGGGCUGGAACUCAUGGCCAAUCAUCGUUCUAUGUGUUCAAAGCAUGUUUGAGCCAAUCCUUGCAAACUCUGCUGGCCUGUUGUCCGUAUACUAUUGCCUUUUGAACUCGGGGAUUCUUUUGUUUUGAAACAUAAAAUUUUUGACUAUGUCAAUAGAAACACUAAUGAAAUUCUUCUGACCUGCUAGUCACAUCCAACUUCUUGAAUUCGAAGUCUAACUCAAGAACGUCAAAAUAAAACCGAAGGUUAUAAUAUCUGACCUAAUAGGGGUUGUCUGAGGGACUAGGUCCAGUUGAAACCUCUUCUCCAUACUUUUUGCCAGAGAAAACUGAUUCGUAAGAUAUAUCACUACCCGAGUAGCCGAACUUGAUCUUACUAGCAAAUCAUGAAUCUCUUCUACUUCCAGCCUGUCUAGACUCAGACGAGGUAGUGCAGGGAUCAAUUCAGUAGUGUAGCAGGAGCCAUCAUGCCUCGGAAAGUGGGACUUUAGCUCUUGCAGUUCAUACUUCUUGUUAUUUUGUGUUAUAAUUGUUGACUACUUUCAAGGAGGUGAAACACAUUGCACUUCAGUUCACAAGCAUCACAAUGAGGACAUCGAGAGGAGGAUUGCGGAUCAAAGAGGCUGCUAGAAAUCAAUAACAGUUAUCCUAUUAUGAGCCCUGAGAUGGGUCUAACCAUAAUCUUGGCAAGAAACGAACUACAGAACGGUUGAGUCAUAUUAACCGGGAUGUCAACUUUUCUAUCAUGACAAAAACUUGUAAAUCGGACUAACAAUGUCUGGCACCCUUAAAAAGA